GCUGUACGGGCGGGAUUUUUCUAAAGCAAUGAAAUAGUGAUUUAAGACUCCACAUUUAAAUCAAUUGUGCUUGAAAGGUUUUUGAAAUUAACGAAAUAACUCGCACUGUGUUUGUUUUGCUCUGUGAGAGGAGGCCUGAGCGCGGUCAGGCACACAGCGGAGCUGCAGAAUGAAGCUAACAGACAAUGUGCUGCGCAGUUUCCGAGUGGCUAAAGUCUUCCGGGAGAAUUCAGAUAAAAUUAACUGCUUCGACUUCAGUUCUAAUGGAGAGACGGUGAUUUCCAGCAGUGACGAUGACUCCAUUGUAUUAUAUGACUGCCAAGAGGGAAAACCCAAGCGGACACUCUACAGUAAAAAGUAUGGCGUGGACCUCAUCAGAUACACACAUGCUGCCAAUACGGUUGUCUACAGCUCCAACAAGAUUGAUGACACAAUACGCUACCUGUCGCUACAUGACAACAAGUACAUUCGUUACUUUCCUGGGCACAGUAAGAGGGUGGUUGCUCUCUCCAUGUCUCCUGUUGAUGACACCUUCAUCUCUGGCUCCUUGGAUAAAACUAUUCGAUUAUGGGAUCUGCGCUCUCCCAACUGUCAGGGCCUGAUGCAUCUGCAAGGAAAGCCAGUGUGCUCAUUUGACCCUGAGGGUCUGAUAUUUGCUGCAGGAAUCAACUCGGAGAUGGUGAAACUCUACGACCUGCGGUCUUUUGAUAAAGGCCCCUUUGCCACAUUUAAACUGCAGUAUGAGCGGACGUGUGAGUGGACCGGCCUCAAGUUCAGCAAUGACGGCAAACUCAUCCUGGUCUCCAGCAACGGAGGAACACUCAGACUGCUUGAUGCUUUCAAAGGAGCUGUGCUACAUUCGUUUGGGGGCUACAACAACAGUAAAGGUGUGGUUCUGGAGGCCUCCUUUACCCCCGACUCUCAGUUCAUAAUGAUCGGUUCAGAGGACGGUAAGAUCCAUGUGUGGAACGCUGAGAGUGGAAUGAAGGUAGCACUGUUGGAUGGAAAACACACUGGACCAGUCACCUGCCUACAGUUUAACCCCAAAUUCAUGACAUUCGCCAGUGCCUGUUCUAACAUGGCAUUCUGGUUACCCACCAUUGAUGACUGAAGAGGUGCUGUGCACUGCAGAGAAGUUAUAGACUGUAAAUAGAUUGUUGGCCUUAUGGCCAAGUUGUAUCUCAUGUUUAUUUUAUACUUGUCAUUAAACUAUGUUGUUUUGUAAAA